CCUAUUGUAACACAAUCAUUGUGAGCUGUCAAAGUAGAGAGGCGCCCUGCUCAAAUGCUCCCUAUACUCGACCGUUGAAAGAACACAACCAGGAUGGCUGCACAGCACAAAGACUCGAAGGCGAAGGCGCUUGCAACAGCUUCAACUCUACAAAGAGUUGUGUGUCCGAGCACAGAGCGGGACCCCCUUGCUUUUUUGAGCUCCGGGUACCGAAAAGUCGAUGAGCAGAAGCGAUACACGAACCGCUUGACGAACCUUCCUGAUAAGGGCGUGGGCGUGGUAUCCCGUGAAGGCUCCUUCUCCGAACCACUCCCUGGGCCCAGCAAAGGCCCACCCCGAACUAAUGGGCGGGCGGUGCUGGACCAGAUGUUCGGCCACCUCAGGCCCCACCACAACAUUGCAGAGCCGGCACUGCUUCAAAUGGAGCAGCAUGAGUUGGAGAAUGGACUGGGCGAUCAAGCCGCCCGCGCCGCGUUCUACCGACCCUCUAUCACGGCAGCACUCAUGGCCAUCCCACCUGACAACCGCCUGCUGACCGCCGACGCCGGGGCUUCAGGCCCCGGUGGCGCCUCGGCUUCUACUUCGGCCUCGAUGUCAGGGGCGCUGCACCGCGUUGCCAACAGCCCCAUGCGGCGAGGUCAUGGCGACGACAGCAACCAGUCACAGGACGGUGACACCGGCAGUGAACCGGAGCUGCCUGCACCCGAGGAUGAACGGCCCUCGACGGCCUCGUCGCAGCGGGCAGGCAGCGGUAGCUACGGCGUAACAUCGGGGGGCGGCGUGACAGGCAGCGGUGGCAGCAUCACUGCUGCUGGCCGCUUCAACAGCCCGCGGGCCGUGCGGCCGCCUAUGGGCGUUGCGGCAGGGAUAGCAGGCGCGCCGACGAGCCCAGGGUCGUUGUCACGGGGACCAGAGGCGUGCAACAGCCCGGUGCGGACAAGCGUGAACGGAAUAGCGCCGAUACCACCAGCGGGUGGUGCCGGCCCAGCGGGCAGUGCGCGCCGUACUGGUGGUGGUGCGCUGCCGACAGUGUCACGAUCUUACCCCGAUGGCACAGUCGCCGCUGGCAGUCUAAGCAUGGGCGGGCAGCUUGGGUGCGCUGGCGUGGCGCAGCCACCCCUGGGCGCGGUCCUUGAAACACCGCGCCUGCCAGCUGCAGCAACGCAGGUCGGUGCAAAGCGCGGCAACCGCCGCGCCAGCGUCAGCGGGGCCGAGGUGGCGGCAGCUGCUGCGGCUGCGGCUGCCGGCCUUCCAGCUAUCGGUAGCGGCGGCGCCAGCCCCUCGCCCGGCGGGCGCGCGCGGCGCUCGAGCUUGGUUGGUGGUGGCGCCGGCUACGGCACAAGCGCGAGUGUUGCCAUGAAUGGGCUGCCGGCACAUCCUAUGGGGCCGCCCGUUGCAGGCUCGCAGCGGUUCUCCAUGCCUGGCAACUCGGUUGCGCUCAGCGGUGGUAGUUUCAGUGGCGGUGGGAAUGGCAUGCCGCUGCUUUCGCAGCGCGGCGGCGGCGCUGGCCCAAGCGGCGGUGGCGCUGGCGCAGACGGCGCCGGGACGGCGGUGGCAUCGCGGCUGGGCGUGCGGAGCAGCCUGCCGUCAGAGCUCACCUUGCAUGGCAGCCCACAUAGCAUGACUAAUGCAGGAGGGCAGGGGCCGCAGCGCAGCGGCCAUUCGGUCUCCGUUGCUGGUGCCAUGCCUGGAGCCAACCCCAUGCCGCGUGUGCGCCUUAGCUACAGCGGCGUUGGCUCCAGUGCCGGCGCAGCGCAUGGCGGCGGAACGGAGGGCGGCGGCGAGGCUGGCAUUUGGCCGAGCGCAGCGUCAAGUGGGCUGCUUGCGCAGCUGCAUGGGGCGUUGCACCCGGAGGGCAGUGGACCAGUACCACCGGCAGUGAAUACGGCUGUGCCGCUCAGCGGUCUGGACGGUCUCUCGGCGACAGGGCUGGGCGACGCUAUCUCGCAGCUGCGCAACAUCCGCAUCAGCGCUGCGGGAGCGCCACAACCUGCCGUCAAAGAGAAGCCCAAGAAAGUGGAGCCAGGCCUGGCGGGUGUGACGCCUCUAAGCCUGCUGCCGGUGCCGCUGCCGCCUAUUGAGAACUGGCAAAGCGGCGGCAAGUCAGUGGCGGAUCUGGACCCCUGCAAGGACAUCCGUCUGGUGGACGCGCCCCGUUGCAUCCUACCGCGCCCCACCGAAGAGCAGGACCUGCAGUCCAAGAUGGCUGCGCACAAGAAUGCCAUGCGCGAGCUGGUGAAGGCGGAGGGCGCUCCCAUGAGCGAGGGCGAGAUGGAGGCUGUGAAGCUGCUGGGGCGGCUGGAGCGCAGCGGCGCGCGUAUGCGCAACUACGGAGACGUGGAUGGCAGCGAGCAGGAGGCGGCGGGCGCGGCCGGGACUGCUGGAACAGGAACGCACAGGACGGUGGUCGGCGCGGCAUAAGGCAUCGUAUUGGGGUAGGGUGCGUUACGCGGAGGCGAUAUGUGGGAAAUCCGCUGGUGCGUCGCAUGAAGUGGCGGUGUGCCAAGCCCAUUGCAAGAUCAUGGGCUUUCAUCCAGCGCCUGUUGAAGGCUGUUAGCGUUAGGUUUGGGCGUGGCAGAAUAUGCAUGGGCUGCAUGGGAACGGGUGAGCGUCGAUUUCGUUUGUCGUAUCGUUUCUUUACAACUGUACCCUUGUGCGCGGGGGUAUCAAUACUUUCUUACUUUGCACCUGUCGGCUGUAUGAGCGAAAGCCUGCAAAGGCUUUGUGGGUGCAGUGUGCUCUCGUAAGAUGGGAGGGUAAGUGUGCUCUCGUAAGAUGGACAGGGCGGCUAGCAUAGCAGGCUAGUACCAAUAAAAUGACUGUCACAGUCGAAUCCUUCUGCCGAGAGGCGUAGGACCUGCAGGCUGGCGUACACAAGCGUUAUGCUAUGAAUAAGCAUCUGAAGUAUAGGGGAUCUGUGUAUAGCAAGUGUCGUGGGCGGUGCAGGCACACAGACAAACAGUUUCGUGCGCGGGAGAAAGUUGAGACGCAGGGUGCUGGCACGUGGGAGGUUUGGACACGAAUUCGCGCGUCUCACAUUUCCUUGGCUGUCCACAGACUACAUGUUCUAGCCUGCAAUGUAACAGAGGUCUGUC